GGCGAACACUCUAUUAUUCAAAACUUCACUUAUAAAAUUACAUUGAAUUUAUUGCUGUGACUUACCCAUUCAGUGACUUUGGCGCUGGACUAUCUGUUAAAUUCAAUAUAAUAAACACCCGUUGGUUUGCAUUUUCUUUGGGGACUUAGAUUCAAAUUUAAUGUGUCUCACAACCGCGAAAAAUUAGGGGGGUCAUUUUGGUUUUUGUUAUAUCGCUAAGACGCUAACCCCAUUUGAGCAUUUAGGUUCAAAAUUUGAACUUUCUUUGUCUGAACCCAUAGGUCAUACUGUGUAAGUGGUGAUUAGGAAAUGGCAACUUGGAUUUAUAUGAAAAUCCAAAGAAAUGGGUACUUGAGUUUGUGUGAUGUAAUGUUUAAUUUUCAUCUUGUGCGAAGGUUUUCUCUCUGGUCAAUGAAGAAAGAUCCAGAUCUUGAAGCUGCAUUACAUAGAAAUCGUAGAUGGGUAGUUAAUAAUCAGAUUAAGAACAUUAUUAUGAGAUGUCCUAAUCAGGUUGCAUCAGUAAGGUAUCUGCAGAAGAAGUUCAAGACUCUUGAUCUUCAAGGCAAAGCUCUAAAUUGGCUUAAGAAAUACCCUUGUUGCUUUGAAGUCUAUCUUGAGAAUGAUGAGUACUAUUGUGGGAUGACUAAAAGAAUGAUGUUUUUGACUCAAGAGGAAGAGUCUGUAAAGGAUAUGCAAGAACCGUUAUACGCAGACCGACUAGCAAAGUUGUUGAUGAUGACCCGUGAUCAAAGGCUGAAUGUUAUGAAACUUAAUGAGCUGAGGAGAAAUUUUGGAUUUCCUGAUGAUUAUUUGCUUAGAAUUGUACCCAAGUACCCUCAAAUAUUUAGAGUUGUUAAUCACACUGGAAGACGGAGUUCAAUGGAGAUAGAGCUCACAGCCUGGAAUCUUGAUUUAGCUAUUUCUGCAAUCGAAAGAACAGCUAAGAAGGAUGGUCGAGAGCCAUGCUUUCCGUGCUCAUUGCCUCCAACUUGGGUCAAGUCAUUGGAAAGGUUUGAAGAUUUUAAUUCUACUCCAUAUAUUUCACCUUAUUCGGGACUUGAUGGUUUAGUGGAGGGUUCAAAGGAAAUGGACAAGAGAACAGUGGGGUUGGUGCAUGAAUUAUUGUCAUUGACCUUGUGGAAAAAAGCAUCAAUUUUCAAAUUGGGCCAUUUUAGAAGAGAAUUAUGUCUACCAGAGAAAUUAAAUGUUUUUCUGCUCAAACAUCCUGGAAUAUUCUAUGUUUCUAACAGAUACCAGAUCUAUACAGUUCUUCUGAGGGAAGCAUAUAGUGGGUCUGAACUGAUCGAAAAGGAUCCUCUUCUUGUUGUCAAGGAGAAGUUUGGAGAAUUGAUGCAGGAGGGACUCCAUGAGUAUAAUCGCAGACAUUAUCUAUUAAAUUUAGAAAAGAAGAGGAACAGAGGUAUGAUAAUGCCAAAGCCAGAGAAAAGGAGGAACCAAAGUGACAAAACAUCAGAACAAGAUAAGGAAGGAGGAGAUCUAGGUGGCAUAUUUGAUCAGGAAGAGAGAAAGCGGUUUUACAAAGUUCUGUUUGAUGACAAUGCUCCAUAAGCAAUGAAGGAAGUAAAUUUAUCCAUAUUAACAUCAGUGAUACAGUAUGUAGGAGCUUGGUUCCCUACUGUGUGCCUUGUAUAUCUGACCAAUUAGAGACCAGCUAUCUUAGCUUUGCAGUUUCAAUGUUAUUGGGCAUCGCUUUUCUUUCCGCUUCUGAUGGAUAAUAUCUCAGACCGACCUGGUUCCUCUGUUGAUUUGUGAUGUUUAUUUCCCACUAUGUUUAUGUAGAGACAAAACAAAUGUGUUGGUUGUUCUUAAGGAAACAGUCAAGGAUUGAGUGACCCAACUUGAUGGCAAGGUCGACCAUUUGGACGGACAAGUGUAGACUAUGGAAGAAAGGUAGGAGAAUCCCGGAAUCAUUGGUCACUAGAUGCUUGUUAAUGAGUACCGCGUCUUCCCAGUGAAGUAGAGCCAUCUUCAUGGGGCCUCAAUGAUCCUGGUGGCGAUGUCCAAAGCAUGAUGGACCGGGUCAAAUAAUGUUAAGCUGAAGCUCUCGUGUUUUCACGGUGAAAAUACAUUGAUUGUUACUCUACUUUGUUGAACGAAGAGAGGGAAGACUACAUACUAUGCUCCUUUGUGGGCAGGGUGACUCAAAAGAUAUAUGCAGGAUGAUGGAAAUAUACUUGUGUGUGUGUCAUAUCUCAUCCUUUAAAUAAAAACUUUGAAUUUCUA